AUGGAUGACUUCAAUUUAACAAACUAUUUUAGCAACUCCACAGCCAUCACCAACUCCACAGUCGCUUCCAACAUUUACCUGGUGGUGUUCGGAUGGAUAACUUUCUGCAUUGAGCUGCCUGUUAUCUGCUGGGCUAUUUUAUCCCUCUGUCAUCUGGUUAAAACUGACCAGGUUACCCCUGUUUACGUCAUAAAUCUCUUCAUUUCAGACAUCCUCCAGCUCCUUGGAAGACUAGGUGACUUGAUUGAAUGCUUCCUUGACGGAGAAAGUUACAUUACACUUAUUAUACUUAUAAUUUUAAAGCUAAUAUUGUUGCUUGGUAUCUUAGCAAGUGUUGUGUUCAUGGUGUGCAUCGCUCUGGAGAGAUACCUUCUGAUCGUCCAUCCUCUGUGGUACCGAUAUCGCCGUACUGUCAGACGCUCAGUCCUGGUCUCUCUGGCUGCCUGGGUUUCUCCUUUCAUAGUGAUCAUCUGCUAUAUUUCUGUGCCAUAUGGAGGUCUGGCAAUCGUGAUCGUCUUUUCCCUGCCAUUCCCACUUCUUAUGUUUUUCCUGGUGGUCACAUGGAGAGCUCUCUCCCACUCCACCUCAGUGCCUGUCGCGGAGAAAAGGAGGAUUCUGGGCAUGCUGUUUCUUGUUCUGAGCAAUUAUGCUGUGCUGUUCUUUCCCACCAUAUUCAUUUUUUUUAUUGCCUCGAACAAAAGGUAA